UCGGUUGCGGUUCGCAGGCAACGAGGCCACUGUGCUAGCCACUCACUCACAUGGCUUGGCGCCCCGCAACCGGCCGCUGGUCUGCGUGAGCUGCUGGCGGCAUCGGUCCAAAGUCUGCUGUCGCGGCGGUCACCCACCGAGGAUCAGCCACCACCAGAAAACACCUCUUCUCAUCCCGCCGUCCGCGCGUGUGCGUUCUCUGCUCGCACGCAUGACAUGCCUGCUCGUGCCGGCUGUCGCAUGCGCUGCCCGCGCCCCCGCCGGACAUAAAACCACCGGCCACGGUCACCAGCAGCCCAAGAUAGGAGUCACGCGUGGCGUGAGAAGCAAGGUGUCUGCCGCCAGGGCCGGAAUGGACGGCGGCGCUCCCCCGGCCAUCGCACCGGACGCCGUCAUCAACCUCGAGCUCGGCGACCCGACCAUGUACGAGGCGUUCUGGAGGGAGGUCGGGGAGCGGGCGGCGGUGGCGAUCCCGGGGUGGUCCGGGAUGAGCUACUUCUCCAAUGCCCAGAGCCUCUGCUGGUUCCUCGACCCGGAGUUCGAGCGCGAGGUCCGCCGCGUCCACCGCCUCGUCGGCAACGCCGCGGUUGACGACGGCUACCACCUCGUGGUCGGCACCGGCGCCACCCAGCUCUUCCAGGCGGCCAUGUACGCCCUGUCUCCCGCCGGCGCCCAACGGCCCGUCGGCGUCGUCUCGCCGGCGCCCUACUAUUCGUCGUACCCGCCGCAGACGGACCUCCUGCUCUCGGGGUUCUACCGGUGGGCCGGCGACGCCAACGCCUUCGACGGCGAUGCCCACAUCGAGCUGGUCUGCUCGCCCAACAACCCCGACGGCGCCAUCCGCGAGGCCGUCCUGAGCUCCGAGUCCAGCAAGGCGAUCCACGACCUGGUGUACUACUGGCCCCAGUACACGCCCAUCACCGGCGCCGCCGCCCACGACAUCAUGCUCUUCACCAUGUCCAAGGUCACCGGCCACGCCGGCGCCAGGCUCGGGUGGGCGCUCGUCAAGGACCGCGACGUGGCCAAGAAGAUGGUCUACUUCGUGGACCGGAGCACCAUCGGCGUGUCCAAGGACUCGCAGGUCCGCGCCGCCAAGAUCCUCGCGGUGGUCUCCGACGCCUACGGCCCCGGCGAGGACGACACGCGGCUCCGCCUCUUCGACUUCGCGCGGCGGCGCAUGGGGGAGCGCUGGCGGGUCCUGCGCGCCUCCGUGGCGGCCACCGGCGCCUUCAGCCUCCCGGAGGAGACCGCCGGCUACUGCAACUUCACCAAGCAAACCGUGGCAGCUUACCCCGCGUUCGCGUGGCUGCGCUGCGAGAAGGCUGGCGUGGAGGAAUGCGCCGAGUUCCUGCGCGGCCACAGCAUCGUGGCGCGGGGCGGGGAGCAGUUCGGGGGAGACGCCAGGUGCGUCAGGGUCAACAUGCUGGACAGGGACAGUGUGUUCGACGUGCUCAUACAGCGCCUCUCCUCCAUAACAUGAUUACGACGAGGAUGCAAAGCCAGAGCUAUCAUGCAAACAUGAUGCCUCUGAUUAAUUUGGAGAGGAUUUCGAUGGUCUCAUCCGCUUAUAUUCUCUGUAUAUGGAUGGAACGACUGGUGCGAGUUUUGAAGUUUGAAAUUUUCCUUAAGGCUUAAUUCCCCCAAAAAUGUUUCCCUACUCCCUAUUGAAACGCGUCUAUAUUAAGGACAGUAUAAUCCCUACCCUCACAGCGAUUUACGUUUUUGGCCGUCCGUUUUCGUGAUCUGUUAGUUUCUGGCCGUCAGAUUUAAUGUGAAAAGCGAUCUGUCUCGCAGGGUGGCUAAUCUGGCCCAGCUGUCCUGUGGGCUGCUACUCCACAGGCCGAAACGGACGCCUUUGGUAAGCUGGGCCUUUUCUGGCAGCCCAAUUAACCCAUCCGAUCGGUCGCACAUACAACCCGAGAGCCCAGUCCAGCCCGACUCUCUCCUGUCGCCUCCGCACCCCCCUUCUCGUAGGGUUUCUCAAGCAGACGGCAUCGCACCGCCGCCGGCCACCCUCCUCUGCCCCCUCCCACCGCCUUCUGGACGUACUGCGCAUCCGCUCACUAGUCCCGGCUCUCCUUUACCGCGAAGCCGAAAGCCAUCGCCGCACCCCAACCACGAAGCCGGCGCCCGAUCCACUCGCUUCGACCUUGACAGCGCCGCCGGACACCGUCCAUCGACCCCGUCGCCCGUACCUUGACUGAGUCACCGGAAGCAGCCGCUCGACCCCUACCCCGUCGCCCCUACAACAAUGCCGUACGCCCUCCCUAUCGACCCUGACCCCGCUGCUUCACCCUACCUCGACCUCGCAUCUGGACGUCGUCGCUCUACCUCGUGUUCUGUCUUCCAGUAGCGGCUUUGUCAAGAUGGUUGGUUGCUGAGAUGGUCUGUUGUGGAAGGCGGUCGACGCCGGUGGCCAAGAAGGAAACAUCGAGUAGCUCCAAGGUCGGGCUACAGUUCCACGUUGGCAGGAUCGCCAGAUUCCUCAAGGCCGGCAAGUACGCCGAGCCGCUUAGGCGCUGGUGCCCCCAUCUACCUCGCCGCCGUUCCCCAAGUACCUCGCCGCUGAUGCCCUGGAGCUGGCUGGCAACGCUGCCAGUGCCAGGGACAACAAGAAGACCCAUAUCAUGCAUCGCCACAUCCAGCUCGCCGUGCGCAAUGGCGAGGAGCUAUAUAUCUCAUGUUGGUUGUAGGGAACACAAGACAGACAGGAGCUUUGGAGCAAGUCCGUCCAUGUCGGACCCUUUUCAUUUAUUUAUUUCACGAAUUCCUUUUCAUUUAUUCAUGAGCGUACUUAUGCUACUAUUCUUGUUUGAAAUUCCUUUUAUGUUUGCAUGACCGGAGCCAUGAGGAUUGCUACUCCGUAAGCAGCAGCGUUCUCCUAGAUGACAACUUGCCCGAAUGAGCUGAUGAUGGUUUCUUGGAAAUAUGUAGACCCAUAUGAUUUUUUAUUGGGACAGAUAGUGUAGGCAUAUUAGCCUAUGGCAUUGUUACUGCAGAUUCCAGUGUUCACAUUUUCCACCUUGAUUUCCUUUUCAUAUGGAUUUAGUAAGACCAUCACAUGGGUUGUUUGCAUUUGCCA